UUCUUUGACUGUCUUUGAAGUGUUCACGCGUGUUAAAUUCUGUUGAAAGAUACUUCAAUUGUUAAUUAAGAUUUGGAAUAUUGCCAAUUGUUUUACAUUUAAACUUUUUCACUUCAAAUUCUAUAUUCAAGCUCCUGAAAUUUGUGAAUUGCAUAUCUGCACAAGCUUCCUUUUCUUUUAUGCAUUUACAAAUGGUUUUGGGAGUAUGAGCAAUUCAAUAGGGAAUAACUUGAUGCAACAGAGUUGGCUACCUUCAACAGUUUUAGAGCCGCAGAGCAGAAUAAAUUCCAGUUGCACUGGGGGCAAUACUCUAAUUCCACCUCAAGCAACUUCUCUGGCACGGAAAUCGCCUUUAUCAACUGAGUUUGGGGGCAUAAAGUUAACCACACAGACAAAGAAAUUAUCUAUGGGAAAACAUCGUUCUCAUUUGGUCUUUCCGCAGGCUGUUUUAGCUGCUGAUCCUCCCUCCAAGGUUGUAGAAAAGUUCAAACUAGACGGGAACUUUGACUUGGAGGUUGAUGUGAAGGCUCCUUAUUCAGGGUCUGGAUUCAUUGUUGAUAUUAGAGUUACACCUUAUAGAGAUAACUUUAUUCUGCAUUGGGGUGCUUUACACUCUAGGAAGGGUCAAUGGGUCCUGCCUAAUCGUCGGCCAGACAAAACUCAAGUGUACAAGAACAAAGCCCUUAGGAGUCGUUUUUCUAAAUCUGGUGACUCUGCUUCUCUAAGAAUUGAGAUUGAUGAUCCAAAAAUACAAGCUAUCGAGUUUCUUCUUUUUGAUGAAGCCAGGAAUAAAUGGUUUAAAGAUAAUGGUGGCAACUUUUGCAUUAAUUUACCUCUGCCUCAUGGAGAACCAGGCGUUUCAAACGUAUCUCUGCCGGAAGAUCUUGUGCAGCUUCAUGCAUACUUAAGGUGGGAACGGAAGGGAAAACAGAUGUAUACUCCUGAGCAAGAGAAGGAGGAAUAUGAGGCUGCUAGAACUGAGUUACUGGAGGAAAUAGCUAGGGGUACUUCUAUACAGGACCUUCGAGCAAGAAUAAUUAACAAGACUGAAGUAAAUGAAAGUAAGGAUCACGCACCUCCAGAAAGGAUCAGCAUACCUGAUGAUCUUGCGCAAAAACAAGCUUAUAUAAGAUGGGAAAAAGCUGGAAAGCCAAACUAUUCUCCUGAGCAACAAAUGAAAGAAUUCGAAGAAGCAAGGAAAGAGCUUCAACUUGAGCUUGAAAAAGGUGUUUUGCUUCAUGAGAUAAGAGAGAAGAUUGAAAAGGGAGAGAUAAAAACCAAGGUUUCUAAACAACCUGAGAAGAAGAAGUACUCUACUAUGGAAAGAGUUCAGCGGAAGAAGAGGAACAAAGAGCAAUUAAUUAACAAGUAUGCUUCUAGGUCUGAACAAGAGAUAAUUAUUUCGGAACCUCAGCCUUUAUCUGCAAUCGAGCUAUUUGCUAACGCCAAGAAAGAUGAAGUUGAUGGUGAUAUAGUGAACCAAAAAAUGUUUGAUAUUUCUAACGGGAAACUUCUGGUGCUCGUUACGAGGUCAGCUAACAUGAUAAAAGUUUAUCUGGGCACAGACGUUAAAGAACCAGUGGUUCUUCACUGGGCUCUAUCCAAAAACCAUGGAGAGUGGAAGGAGCCUCCUUUGGAUGUUCUGCCCCCUGGUUCUGUUACUUUGGGUACAGCUGUCCAAACAAAUUUUUCGCACAGUUUUUCUGAUCACAUGACUGACAAGGUCCAGACCCUUGAUAUAGAAAUUGAAGAUGAUGGUUAUCUGGGGAUGCCAUUUGUUAUUGUCGCUGAUGGGAAAUGGAUUAAGAACAAUGAUUCAGACUUUUUUGUUGAGUUUGAUGUCAAACCAAUUCAGUUCCAGCCGGCAUCUGGUGAUGGUGAGGGGACAGCUAAGGCUUUGCUGGACAAAAUAGCUGCAUUGGAAGGUGAGGCCCAGAAGUCUUUCAUGCAUAGAUUUAAUAUUGCAGCGGACUUGGUGGAAGAAGCUACGCGCUGGGGUGAACUGGGUUUUGCUGGGAUUCUUGUUUGGAUGAGAUUUAUGGCUACAAGACAGUUGAUAUGGAACAAGAACUACAAUGUGAAGCCACGUGAGAUUAGCAAGGCUCAGGACAGGCUUACAGACCUGUUACAGAAGACGUACAUUAGUCAUCCAGAAUAUCGUGAGGUUCUGAGAAUGAUUAUGUCAACAGUUGGUCGGGGAGGUGAAGGAGAUGUGGGACAGAGAAUAAGGGAUGAAAUCCUGGUUAUCCAGAGGAAAAACGACUGCAAGGGUGGGAUGAUGGAGGAGUGGCAUCAGAAGUUGCAUAACAACACAAGCCCUGAUGAUGUGGUGAUAUGUCAGGCAUUAAUUGACUAUAUCAAAAGUGACAUGGACAUUAGUGUCUACUGGAAGACUCUUAAUGAUAAUGGUAUAACAAAGGAACGACUCCUCAGUUAUGAUCGCGCAAUCCAUUCAGAACCAAACUUUAGGAGCGAUCAAAAGGAAGGUCUUCUACGCGAUCUUGGGAAUUACAUGAGAACAUUGAAGGCAGUGCAUUCUGGUGCUGAUCUUGAGUCCGCAGUUGCAAAUUGCAUGGGAUAUAGGGCAGAGGGGGAAGGUUUCAUGGUCGGAGUGCAAAUAAAUCCUGUUUCGGGCUUGCCAUCUGGGUUCCCGGAACUGCUUCAAUUUGUUUUGGAUCACAUUGAAGAUAAAAAUGUAGAGGCUCUACUUGAGGGUUUGCUUGAGGCCCGUCAGGAGCUUAAGCCAUUGCUUUUCAAGCCGAAUGACCGACUUAAGGACCUUAUAUUUUUGGACCUUGCACUGGAUUCUUCUGUGAGAACUGCUGUGGAGAGGGGUUAUGAAGAGUUGAAUAAUGCCAGGCCCGAGAAAGUUAUGUAUUUCAUUUCUCUUGUCCUGGAAAACCUUGUGCUCUCAGUUGAUGACAAUGAAGACCUCGUUUAUUGCUCAAAGGGAUGGGAUCAAGCACUAAACAUGUACAAGACAGGAGAUACUAAUGCGGCUUUAUUUGCAAAAUCUGUUCUUGACCGCACGAGACUCGCACUCGCAAGCAAGGCAGAGUGGUACCAUGAGUUAUUACAACCAUCUGCCGAGUAUCUCGGGUCACAGCUUGGGGUGGAUCGAUGGGCUGUGAAUAUAUUCACCGAAGAAAUGAUUCGAGCCGGAUCUGCAGCUUCGUUAUCUGCCCUUCUCAAUAGGCUAGAUCCCAUUCUUCGGAAAACUGCUCAUUUGGGAAGUUGGCAGGUUAUCAGUCCAGUUGAAGCUGUUGGAUAUGUUGUUGUUGUUGAUGAGCUGCUUUCCAUCCAACAUAAAUCUUAUGAAAGACCAACAAUUUUGGUAGCAAAAUCUGUAAAAGGAGAGGAAGAAAUUCCUGAUGGCACUGUUGCUGUGUUAACUCCAGAUAUGCCUGAUGUUCUCUCUCAUGUUUCUGUUCGAGCAAGAAACAGCAAGGUGUGCUUCGCCACGUGUUUUGACUCUAGCAUAUUGGCUGAUUUGCAAGCCAAAGAGGGGAGUUUAUUGCGUUUAAAACCUACUUCUUCUGAUAUCACUUAUAGUGAGGUAGAUGAAGAUGAGCUGACCAGUUCAAGUAACUUAACUGUUGAUGGCCCUUCACCAUCCAUAACUUUAGUUAAGAAACAGUUUUCUGGUAGGUACGCCAUAUCAUCCGAGGAAUUCACCAAUGAAAUGGUUGGAGCCAAGUCUCGUAAUAUUGCACAUCUUAAGGGAAAAUUGCCAUCUUGGAUCAGGAUUCCUACCUCAGUUGCUCUUCCUUUUGGGGUUUUUGAGGAGGUGGUUUCAGAUGAUUUAAAUAAGGAAGUGGCAGCAAAACUUGAAGAUUUGAAGAAAAAAUUACAUAGAGAAGACUUCCAUGUCCUUGGUGAAAUUCGUAGGACAGUUUUGGACCUUUCGGCACCACCCAAGCUGAUCAAUGAACUCAAAGACAAGAUGAAGACUUCUGGCAUGCCUUGGCCUGGUGAUGAAGGUCAGGAGCGGUGGGAACAAGCAUGGACCGCCAUAAAGAAGGUCUGGGCAUCAAAAUGGAAUGAAAGAGCAUACUUCAGCACUAGAAAGGUCAAACUUGACCAUGAUUAUCUUUGCAUGGCUGUCCUUGUUCAGGAGAUAAUAAAUGCUGAUUAUGCAUUUGUUAUUCAUACUACCAACCCAUCUUCAGGAGACUCGUCUGAAAUAUAUGCAGAGGUUGUAAAGGGACUUGGAGAAACGCUAGUAGGUGCUUAUCCAGGUCGGGCAUUGAGUUUUAUCUCCAAGAAACAUGACCUCAGUUCUCCACAGGUAUUGGGUUAUCCCAGCAAACCCAUUGGACUUUUCAUAAGGCGAUCCAUAAUUUUUAGAUCCGACUCUAAUGGUGAGGACCUCGAAGGUUAUGCUGGUGCUGGUCUCUAUGACAGUGUCCCCAUGGAUGAAGAAGAGGAGAUUGUGCUUGACUACACAUCUGAUCCAUUGAUAAUUGAUAAUAGCUUCCGUCAAUCGAUCCUAUCAGACAUCGCACGUACAGGAAGUGAAAUUGAAAAGUUAUAUGGGUCUCCUCAGGACAUAGAAGGUGUUGUGAAGGACGGAAAAAUAUAUGUCGUGCAGACAAGGCCUCAGAUGUGA